GGCUGCAAAGUCCCGAGGGCAGGAGAGAGAGGCAGAAGUGAGGCCUAGGCAGAGAGAGGAGGGAGGUGGGCCAGCCUGUGACUGGUCUCCCCACUUAGGAAGGAGGUGUGGCCUCAGCCACACAGGGGUCCCAACCAACUGAGCCCACACUGGCUCCUUCUGCAGAUCAGGUGCGACCCACCUUCGGGAACCGCAGCCUGGACCAGCCACAGGUGCAACCCACUUCCAAGGAAGGAGCCCACAAAGCCCCCGCCCAGCACCCAGCACCCAGCUCGAAGGCCCCCGCAGGCCAAAGCUGGCUCAGAGGGAGGAGUCACCCCGAGCAGCCUAGGAGCAGGAGUGGUGUCACAACAAGGGACCUAGCAGCAAGCGGGCCCAGCCACAGACCAUAGCCAAAAUGGGGGCUGAAGCAAGGCCCAAGGCCACCAAGCUCGGGCCCUUUCAGGCCAGCAGGGCCUCCUGAGCCCAAGAAGGGACAGUGGCCACCAAGGAGGGCCAGGGCAGGAAGGCAGGAGGCCAGGCACCCAGGCGAUAGGGCCCAAAGCCCAGAAGGCCCCCCCAAAGGUGAGAACCGGCCAGGACAGGUAGCCCCCAGAUGAAGCCUGCAGGGGGUGAUGGGGCUGUGCCUGAAUCUCAAGUGGCUGAGGCUUGGUCACACGUCUCCCAAUCAUACCAGCGUCACCAGCCCCUCGGGCCCCCACCCUGCUGUCAGUGUGCCCAAGCUGAGUGGCCCCGCGUACAGGGCCCCGGGCGAGCUCCUGUCCCUCAUCAGGCCCCUGUUGCUACAUGACCAGGCUGGGGCUGUGUCUGUUGUCCUCUAGGGGCCUUCCACCAACCUGGCUCAGGGGGCCGGCACCGAAAGAAGGAUCAUGGCCAAGGCCAAGGUGGCCGCAGCACCAAGAAGACCACAGGCCACGGGCAAAAAAGGCCUAGAGGCAGGCACAGGCACGGGUUCACGGACCUGGGCACCUCACAGCAGGCCAUGCCAUCCCUGCCAGCCUCCUGCCUCCUGACCCAGGAGGCCAUCACCCGCAGCAAUGUCAAGAUGAAACACGUCCCUGCCCUGACUGACCCUGGCCUAGCCAUGCUCCACCUGGCAGGUCGGUGACCCCUUUCCUCCACACUCACCCUUAUGGCAGGAGUAAGAAGGCCACGCACUUGGGGUUCUCCUCUAGUGGGUCCUCGGCCACUGUGGCUGCAGCAUCGCUGUGCCUGGAAAUGGCCCACCUACCUGUGCGUCCUGGUUAGCAGUGAGAAGAUGCCCUGAUGCCCAAGAGCCAGCUCCUCCGGUCCAUGUUGGGGAGGUACCGAGUGGCAGAGGGGAGGGGGACAAGGGAGCGCGGAGUCCAGCUGCCCUGUGUCUGCACAGAGCAUGAAAUGGCCAAGAUCCCAUCCCGCACGUUCCCCGGGCUGCCAAAUCUGCGGCGGCUGGACCUGAGUCAGAACAAGCUGGAUGCCCGAGGCCUGCACCCCUGUGCCUUCAAGGUGUGCAGCACCCUUCCGCUUGUGCUCCCGGGAGGAGGGCCGGCAGGUCUGAGAUGGCUCCAGGCGGCCACCGUGCCUCUCCCCACCCUGCCUGGGGUGAUCAGGCCUGGAGGAGGCGCUGCGCAGACCACCCAGCAUGGUGGGCUUCAGUGAUUUGGGACAACACGGUCCACAGCUGGGUGUGGAGAGCAGCGUGGAUCCUCGGGCCCCCACAAGGGAUCCUUGCGUCCCCACAAGAAGUUCUGGGAGAAACCGAGCAGCGAUUCUCAAAACCCGCAGACAGACCUGCUCCAAGCCGCAGUGCAACCAGAUAGGUGUCCCUCGGGCAGAAUCAGCCCAAAGCCAUGCCCAGAAGGCCUAGCCUGCCUAGUGGCACCGCGGUCCCCAGCCCCCUCUUCCCCCUGCCCCCCAGAAUCUGACACGGCUGAAACUGGAUGGGAACUCGCUGUGCACAGUGCCAGCCCUGCAGCAGCUUUCAGAGUGUGGGGGUGGGCCCUGGGGGCAGGGGUUGACAAAGCCAGGCCUGGGAAGGGGGGCGGGGGGCGGUGGGGGGCUGUUGGUGAGGCAGAGGAGAAGUGCGGGCGAGGGGAGGGCCUCUGCUGGAGGGCAGAGAAGGGAGGACUGGCUGGGACAGUGGCCCUGGCCUCUAGGAGCUACACAGGGAGUUCCCAGGGGGCCCCCAGACCCCUGCAGUCAGGUCACGUGCCCAUCCGCCCACCUGCCCUGCAGGGCUCAGCCGGCUGCUGACGCUGGAGGUGGAAGGGAAACAGCCGCAGGAUGGCAACAUCUCAUCCCUGGCCUUUCAGCCCCUACACAGCCUGCUCUACCCGGGGCUGGACCGAAACUGUCUGCGGACCAUCCUACCUGGCCUGCCAGCCUCCCUGCAGGAAGCUGGAGACCCUCGACCUGUCCCACGACCCGCUGGUGCACGUGCCUUCCUUCCGCCACGGGGCCUUCGGCGCCUGCCACCGCACCACAACCGCACGAGCGCAUCCCCGGCUACGCGUUUGCGCACACGAAGCCAGGCCUGGAGCUCCUGUCCCUGUCCCACGAAAGCCUGUGCACCGACGGCGUCCACGGCGUGUGCUUCCUCGGCCUUCGCGCCUCCCUGACUGGGCCGCUGCUGGAUCGCAACCAGCUGCGGGCCGUCCCCCGGGGCCUCGGGGGCCUCAGGGGGCUGCGGGGGCUGCGUCGGAGCCACAAGAUCAGGUGGGGCUUGCCCCUGAAUUCCAUCUGUGUGACAGUCCAGUGGCUCAGGACUCCAACCUCAUCCCCACGCACCUGGAAAACAGCCUUAUUGACCGGCGCCGCAUCCUGCCCACCGCCUUCUCCUGCAUCUGAACCUGCUUCGGCAGUGUGGUCCUCUGGCCCCAGCAGGGGGCGGGGGCUGGGGAGGGAUCCUGGGAUUCCUGCCCCCCACCACUCCUUAGGACUGGUUGGGGAGGGGGGGGGCCCAGGUCUACCUCCACUUGAUCUUUGCACUACUAACAGAAAGAUCUAGAAGACCCAGCUGUUUCAGAUGCUCCCACUUCCCAUUGACUGCUGAGGCCCCUUCACUUAGUAAAUGGCCCAGCAGGGUACCGCGCUGGUCUGGAAUGGAACAUAAUAAAUGCAUCUCAU